AAUACUGUCACUGUCAAAUAUCACAAAUUUUGACAAAGUUGAACGCUUUUAUUGUUGUUUGAAAACAUUUAUUUGAGAAAUUACAUGCAUUAAAAUGGCUGAAGUUGUAAUAAAAAACAUCGAUAAUGCUUGUGAAACAGCCGAAGAAUUCACCAAAGUAUAUUAUCAACAAGUGGAUCACAGCCGCCACCUAACCUCAAAGCUGUACUUGGACACUGGAUUACUCGUUUGGAACGGAAACGGAAUCAACGGCAAUGAAAAGAUACAAAAGUUCCUGAUGGAUUUGCCGCCGAGCUCUCACACUUUGAAGACACUAGAUGCGCAACCGCUGGCUGAGAAUUUAGUUGCUAAUAAGUUGACAUACCUGAUACAAGCCUGCGGCGACGUGACAUACCAGAACAACGACACCAAGAAGCCCUUCCAACAGACAUUCCUCAUCGUGGCCGUGGACGGAAAGUGGAAGAUCGCAUCCGACUGUUUCAGACUGCAAGUUCCAUAUAGUUAAGAGUUUGUGAUAAUUAAGUGUGUGAAGAUUAAUAUUGUAUAAACUGGACAUUUCUGUGCCAAUUAAGCCUAACUUCAAGGAUAAUAUGGCAAUUAUUUAGUAUUUAACAACAACUUUUUCUUAAUACAGCAUUACUUAAGUACAUA